UUGUUCCCCUUUUUCGAAUUUUCGUUUCCUUCUCUCAUAAGCUUUCAUCCAAAAUGUCCUCUCGUGGUGGUCACAGUGGCGCUGGACGCGGCCGUAGAUCCGAUCAAAAGCAAGAGCAGUCCUCCGGUGCCGUUUCGUGGCCGGCACUGCAAAGCUCCUCCGCCGCUCGUGGCGGUUCGGUUUCUGGCGGGAGAGGUCGCGGCGGAAGGGGAAAUACUCCCGCCGUUUCAUCUUCUCCGUCGGACGUUGUUUCCGGCGUCAUCGGAGCGGUGGACGUUGCUUCGUCGUCGUCCGUACGUGAGAAGCCUAAGGUCGCUGCGUCUGAUGCCGGUUCGUCUCUCGGUCAAGAGUUAGCGGAGAAAGUGAAGAUCACUCCGGAGACGACGGUUCCUCCGGCGUCGUCGAAGGCGGUGAGGUUUCCGGUCAGGCCAGGGUUUGGUCAAGCGGGGAAGAAAGUGACGAUUCGUGCGAAUCACUUCCUCGUUCAAGUUGCUGAUAGAGAUCUCUAUCACUAUGAUGUUUCUAUCACUCCUGAGGUUGUUUCGAAGAAGGUGAACAGGGAGGUGAUGACAACUUUGGUGAGGACCUAUGGAGAAUCACACAUGGCGAAGAAGAUUCCUGCGUAUGAUGGAAGGAAGAGUUUAUACACUGCUGGGGCUCUGCCUUUUGAGACUAAAGAGUUUGUUGUGGAUCUGAAUGACAAAAAACCUCCUGCUUCGUCCAAGAGGGACAGGAAGUUCAAAGUUGCUUUGAAGCUGGCUUCUUCAAGGCCUGAUCUUUUUCAGUUGCAGGAGUUUCUCCGUCGCAAACAGAGAGAUGCUCCUUACGAGACCAUCCAAGUUCUGGAUGUUGUUCUUAGAGAUCAGCCAUCCCAGAAGUAUGUUGCUGUUGGGAGGUCUUUCUUCGACCCCAGCUUGGGAAGGAGGGGUGAGCUUGCUGAUGGUGUUGAGUACUGGAGCGGGUAUUUCCAAAGUCUCAGACUCACUCAGAUGGGACUCUCUCUUAACAUUGAUGUGUCCGCUAGAUCUUUCUAUGAACCAAUCCUGGUCACUGAAUUCAUCGGCAAGUACCUGAAUCUGAGGGACUUUAACAGGCCACUGAGGGACUCAGAUCGUGUCAAGGUGAAGAAAGCAUUGAAGAGCUUAAAAGUUGAAUUGGGGCACUUUAACUUCGCAAGAAGUUCCAAAAUCAGUGGGAUCUCCAGCUGUCCCAUCAACGAGCUUAGGUUCACUUUAGAGGACAAUACCCAAAAAACUGUUGUGCAGUAUUUUGCUGAAAAGUAUAAUUUCAGGGUGAAAUACCCGUAUCUACCUGCUAUCCAAUCAGGGAGCGACUCAAAGCCUGCUUACUUCCCAAUGGAGCUAUGCCGAAUAGCUGAAGGCCAGCGAUACACCAAAAAGCUCAACGAGAGGCAGGUGACUGCGAUGCUGAAAGCUACCUGCCAACGACCUGAAGCAAGAGAGAAUUCAAUCAAAGGGAUGGUCAAGAAUAAUAAAUAUAACGAGAUUGAUCUUGUGAGGAAGGAGUUUGGAAUGUCAGUGACUGAUCAGCUAGCAUCAGUUGAGGCUCGGGUCCUACCUCCACCACUGUUGAAAUACCAUGAGAGUGGCAGAGAAAAAAUGGUGAAUCCAAGGCUAGGACAGUGGAACAUGAUUGACAAGAAAAUGAUUAAUGGAGCAAGAGUUGCAUCUUGGACUUGCGUGAGCUUCUCUACUCGGAUUGACCGGAAUUUACCACAAGAUUUUUGCAAACAAUUGAUUGGCAUGUGCGUCGACAAAGGAAUGCAAGUCAAUCCACAACCUGCUAUUCCGUUCAUCUCUUGCCAGCCUCAAAGAAUUGAGGAAGCACUUUGUGAUAUCCACAAAAGGGCACCUGGUCUUCAAAUGUUGAUUGUAAUAUUGCCUGAUGUCACUGGAUCGUAUGGAAAGAUCAAAAGGAUCUGUGAAACAGAGCUAGGGAUAGUAUCCCAGUGUUGCCAACCAAACAAUGUUCGUAAACUCAACAAACAGUACAUGGAAAAUGUUGCACUGAAGAUUAAUGUCAAGGCUGGGGGAAGGAACACAGUCCUUGAUGAUGCCAUUAGAAAAAGAAUUCCUCUUAUUAGUGAUCGCCCUACCAUAAUCUUUGGUGCUGAUGUAACUCACCCUCAAGCUGGAGAGGACUCGAGUCCCUCUAUUGCUGCGGUUGUGGCGUCUAUGGAUUGGCCUGAAAUAACCAAGUAUCGUGGACUGGUGUCUGCUCAAACUCAUAGGGAAGAAAUCAUCGAGGACCUGUAUAAGCUGGUGCAGGAUCCUCAGAGAGGGCCAGUUCACUCGGGUAUGAUAAGGGAACACCUCAUCGCAUUCAGGAGGGCAACAGGUCAAAAACCUCAGAGGAUCAUUUUCUAUCGUGAUGGUGUAAGUGAAGGACAGUUUAGCCAAGUGCUGUUGCAUGAGAUGACUGCAAUACGUAAGGCCUGUGCUUCUCUCGAAGAGGGUUAUCUUCCUCGUGUAACAUUUGUGGUCGUCCAGAAACGGCACCACACACGUCUGUUUCCUGCUCAACAUCAGAACCGUGACACUACUGAUAGGAGUGGCAACAUUCAGCCAGGUACCGUUGUGGAUACCAAAAUCUGUCAUCCAACAGAGUUUGAUUUCUAUUUGAACAGUCAUGCUGGCAUUCAGGGAACAAGCAGGCCUGCACAUUACCAUGUGCUUGUGGACGAGAAUGGGUUCACUGCUGAUGGGUUACAAAUGCUCACCAAUAACCUUUGCUACACGUUUGCUAGGUGCACAAGAUCUGUCUCAAUUGUGCCACCGGCUUACUAUGCCCACUUGGCUGCAUUCAGGGCUCGAUAUUACAUGGAAAGCGAGAUCUCUGAUGGAGGUUCAAGCAGGAGCAGGAACACAACCGCAAGCACGAGUGCAGUUGUUGCGCGUCUUCCAUCAAUCAAAGAUAACGUCAAGGACGUUAUGUUCUACUGCUGAUCAAACACACUUCCUUGGCUACUACCCAACUGAAAGGAAUAAAUAAUUAAACUCUCUACCUUUCGGUUUUGGUUUUGUCACAACUUACCUUUUGUGGUUUAGCUGUGAAUAUUUUGGAUGAUGCGGCUAAUACUCUCUCUUAGGACUUUUAUGCGUUUUGGUUUUACCACGAUGAUCUGACUUUUGUUGUGGAAAAUGGAAAAGGUUUUAACUAUGGUUUUCCUUUACACUGUUAUGUUGCCUGUUAAUCUGAAUUAUCAGUUUAUAAUCAGUGAAUCAUCUACAUUUUACUCUGCAUUGUUUGUCCUCGUUGUCCUCUAAAGCUCUUUACUUCGUUGGUAAUCUGAUUCUGAGUAGUAUAAGGGUCUGAUUACUAGAUUUUAGUGAUUAGA